AUCCAUAACGACGUUUAUAUUAUGUCGGCCAUGUGUAUUUACAAUCAGUAGCAAUAUAUUCAAAGGAUAUUUACAAACAGUUUCAAUGGCCACGAAUAAAAAUAUAAAGGAAUGUGGCUGGUUUUACCAUGCUCCUGCUAAAAGACAGCCAAAAUCUGAACCAGUGCCAGUUCCCUACACCUCCCAGAUUCCAGGGCUGAAUACUGAUCUUCCCCCUGAGGAGGAGGCCCAGAGGUCUUUGUUCAAAGACACCGACACCAAAUAUGUUCGUCUAGCCAAAUCUGGUGGCAGACAAACUUUACUCCAAUUCAAGGAGAAUCUUAACAUGAGAGAGAGGGAGCCUGUAUCGUAUCCUAGGAAUGAAUGGUUUUAUCUAGAAGACAAUAGACUGGAAGCAGAGGAGGAGAAAGAAAAAACAGAACCAUACCAGUUUACCGUACCUGAGUACAUGUACCAUGAAGUGUUCAAUCCAGAUGCACAGUCAGAUUCUUAUGAAAGACCAAGAAGAGCACCCUAUGGUUUUGAUAAUGUAUCAGCUUUUGAGCGAGAUGGGAAGGGGGCAACAGACAAAACCGUCAAGCUUCCAGAAGUGAUCAAGCCUGGGUACGGUGUACGAAGCAGUAAACCUUUCAGGACCAAGAAAGCUCCCCCUCCCCCUGCAGGCAUGAAAACCUCCCAGCAAGUCGCUACUGCCAAAAUGGCCACAAGGGAAGAUGGCCGAGACAGACUGAAAUACUUACCUUUACCUGAAGCAUCAGAUAAGACAGAGAAGCCCAAAAUGACCAAACUCUUGUCCUAUGCUUAUGACAGAGAAUGGCAGGAUGAAGUUCGUAAAUGGGAAUAUAAGCAGGACAGACUGAGGGAAAAACACAGACAGAUGAUAGCUUCACAGGGGCCUCAGAAUAAGGAGCCUCUAGUGUCUGAGUAUAACACAACCAUCGGCAAAGCCAGGCAACCCGUGUACCAGCCACAGAGACGAGGACAUGCUGUAGACUCGGCUCAUAACUCCAGUCGCUCAGCCGUGUCUUCCACAACAGCCUCAAAGAAAACCGCCCCCGAGAAGGAGCUCUUCAAAAUGUCCAAGUUCAAAAAUGUUUCCUCUAGAGUUGACCAGACCAUGCCGAAGGCCAUGAUUGCUGCAACAAAUUAACGUGCUUCAUAUUCAUCUCUGGAUUUUUUUUUGUCUGUGAUACUAAUUAAUUACUUUUAUAAUUAAGAAAACAGGGUUGAGUUGAUUAUCAGCUCUCACAGCUGGGACAAGAUUUUCAAUGCUGCUGUCAGUAUUAAUGCAUUUGAUGACUGUACAUACAGAAAAACAUGUAAGAGUGGAACAUCUUGAAUUUUUUUAAACAUAAUUCAUUAUGUAAUUAUGUAAAUUAUAAAUUUAUAAUGCCUUUUAAGUCUACAGGUAAUGAAAUCAUUUCACUAUAAGCAUGAAAUAGUUAUUAGUGGAAUCACUGUAACCAUGUUUUACUGUAUUUUUGGCUGUGGAUUUGUCCUGUAUGCAUAUUUCCACUGAGUACUACUUGUACAAUGCAUCCAAUUUUUAUGAUGCUGGUGCAUAAUAUUUCCAUUAUGGUUUAUCUCGAUUAUCAUGACUUGAUAAAUUUGUUAGGGUAUUAAUUGAACCAUGAUGUCUCAAAAGAACAGUAUUAACAAGUGCGACAAAGAAGCUUUCUUUAAAAAAAAGGAUUAAAUAGGCUGAUGAGUAUUUUUUACCAGUAGCUAUGCAGGAAGAAUUUUAUUAGGACUUCAAAAUCUAAACAGCAUGUAGAAUUUAGAUUAAUGUAUUUUUUGGGGGG